GGUCAGUCGCAUUUCAAACUGUAGAAAAGUCUAUCAUCAACGGAUAUAUGCUUAUGGUUAUUUCGGCCAACUUAAGUAUAAAACUCUCUUCCACAUCAUAUGUCUAGUUCCUGCCUGGAGGAUUUGGUGAUCCCCUGCUACUAGACACGGAAGCCUGUUAAGCGAAAGCUUCUUCUAUUCCGUCCACAACCAUUUGAACCAUUUGAACGUUUAUGUACUACUUUGUUCUCAUCAUGCAGAAACGCAUUUUAUUCGAAGCUAACUCAAUGAAUCCAUUUUUCAGGUGUCAUAUAUCCGGCGCUUCGAACAUAUCCUUGGUCAAAUCGAAUCUUCUUCACACUCAAGUUGUGAAAUUAUCUACAUCUCAACAGUUGACACAUUUGGAAUUCAUGUACGAAAAAAUGUGUUCGAGGAUCUUGUACCGGUUUUUAAUAUUUCGCAUAUUUAUAUCCAGCGAGCAAGAUUUCAAAUUCGAUCUAAAGUUUUCUACCAACGAAAGAAGACCACUUAUCUUCACUUUUUCUACAAAGAUUCAGUCUAUAACCAUCAAGAAGUUUACUGUGAUGGUUCCUUUGUCCACGGUUCUAAGAUCAGCGUGGUUAAAUCUUACGAUUGAUUUGUUUUCUUUUAUACACGACUUAAAUGUUCAAGAUGGCGUCAAGAAGCUACAAACCAUCACGGUCUACCCAUUUUGCUAUUUAUCCGAGCUUUCAGUCACUUCAUCCUCCAUCAGUGAUGUUUCCAUUCUCGAUAAUCCUCAAACUUCAGAAAAUAACACGCCAGAAAUUUACCAGGUUUUCAACGUUCCGAAAAUUCGUUUGAAUGAAUGGAGAAGAGCUGAACGGAUAAAUUUACGAGGGAGUGAAAACUCAAAGAAUCUUUUAAAGGUAUCACAAUUAACUACAGGUGGUGACCAAUCAUGUACGAAAUCAUCUCAUUCCUCAUCAGUAGAGGGUGAGAAAUGUAUUUUAGGAGAACAAAAUUCCGAAAGGAAACGAAUAUCUCUGCAAAUUAACAGGGUUUGCAUUAAUGAACAGAGUUCUACAGGUUUUAGUAAAGUACCUACUGGUUCAGAUGUUUCUAAAGAUCCAAGAAGUUUUAGCGCCGGUGCCAUUUCCAAUCGUCUAACUAAUACUGCCAAAAAUUCUACAAGUUUAUUGUAUUAUCCAGAACAAAAUAUCAAUUCAAAUCAACUAAAAGUUAUGAAUAAUAUGAAAUCAGAAAUAGAACAGUCCUAUCAACAGCAAUAUAAAAUAGAAAAACAAUAUCAGUCCAUUCGUUUAGGCGGUUUAUAUUUAUUUAAUAGUCUACCUCAACCUGCACCAAGCUUUUUUACGCAAUCAUGUAUUAAAGAAAUCGAAACUAAAGAGAUCGAUGAAAAAUUAGAGAAUAAGGACAUUGUAAUCUGCUCAAAAAGUCCUUAUUUACAACGUAUUAGUAUAGAUCAUCAUUCGUUAAAAGAAUUAACUGAUGCAGAUUUAAAAUUUAAAGUGAUUAUGGCAUCUACUACAUAUCAUUUAGAUAAUGAUACUCCUUUAUCAAAUGAAUAUACCAUCUUGGGAACAAAUGAGAAUUUAUUAGAAAAAACCGACUCAUAUAAAUCUAAUGAAAAUGAUGAAAAUAAUAAAAUGGUUUGUACACCACCUCCUAUCGAUUUAGCCGGAUAUGAACAAUCUGAUGAUUUAUCCGCCAGUUUUGAAGAGUCACUUUUAGCUAGCCUUAAACAAGCAGUACUUGGUGAAGCUGUAGAACCUGAUUUACAGUUUUCAUCAUCAUCAAAACAACAAAUGACCAGUAAUAAUCAUAAUAACAAGUUAAGAAAAACAAUUAAAACACCAAUGACAAAUGUGAAAUAUCCACAUUCUGAAAUAUCAGAACCAAUACCAGUACCAUCACAAAGUCCAUCAUUAAAUCAUCUUAAAAAGAACAUGUUAAAUACAAUUGAAAAUGAAAAAUGUGAUAUUGUGAUUGCACUUCAAAAACAAAUAUUAAAUGUCAGCUUCAGUGACAAUGAUGAUUACAAUGCGGGCGAUGAUACCACUACAACCGAUGGUUUAGGAUCAUUAAUUUAUUUACGUUAUCACUUGGCACGUCAUCAUCAGCAUUACGAACAUGAAGAUCAACACCUAGUUCAUGAAAGCUGUGAUGGUCAUUUACCAGUGGGUAUGAAUCACCAGUUAUUGACAAAAUCAAAGAAAAGCACUUGUCAACAAGAUGGUUACACGUGUAGAAAUGAAAAUGAUCCUGCCAUACUUACUCCUUCUCGUGCGUCAUCGUUGGUUCAUCAACGUACACACAGUACAGAUGAUGUAUCACAAUUAAUUACAGGUUUUGAAUUGUCCAGUCAUUGGGGUACUGAAACAGCAAACUCAUCUAAUGAAAGUAUAUCAUAUUCAGUAUGUGAAAGUAUUACAUCACCUUUGCCUCAAUCAUAUCAACUAGUACAACAUACAUCUUCUGUUAAUCAUAUCAAGUUACAAAAUACUGUGUCAGUUAAUAAAGAACUGGUCAAUAGUAAUAAUAAUAAUAGUUCUGACAAACUAUUUGAUAUAAAUUCAAAUCAUGGACUUAUCGAAUUAAUUUAUGAUCCAAUAUUGAAAUGUUACUAUGAUCCUAAAUCUGGACGUUUUUAUGAAUUAAUCUGAUGAGCUCUAGAAUAGAGAUAAUAUGAAGAGAGAAAUAGAGAAUGCUAUUGCAUAUAGAUAAUAUUUAUCAUGAUAAUUAUACUACUGAUGUAAUAUUUUUGUUUUGUUCACCAUGUAGCUUUGUGGAUAUAUUUUUUAGUUGCACAUUGUUACUUCUAGUACACGAGUAUUUUUGUUAAAUAAAUAAGAAAUACUACUUCUAAUACAAUUACUACUGUUAAAGUCAUUAUCAGUGAUAUUUUCUUUAUAGUUUCCAGAACAUUCCUUUUAUACUUAUUCCUUCUAAGCAUAAACCUUUUUUAACUGUGAUUAUGAAUCAAAAGAUGUUGAGGAUUUAGUCUUCAGUAAAAAUUUAAUGUCUGUCUUAAUUUAUGUAACAUAGAAAUUAUUUGUAAAUAUGUCCGAUUUCAUUAAUUAUUGUAAAUAUAUUGAAAUACUGAUAUUCUCAAAGAUCAGCAUUGUACUUAUAAAAUCUGUAAAGAAGAAAUAUAAUUGUUGUGAACGGGGAAAUAAGAAGCCCAGACAACUACGAAAACUAUUUUCUUGGGACGUUAUUUCAUUUCAUUCGAACCUUGUAAAACACUUAUAUUUAUUUUUGUCCCUAUUUUAUUCUACAUAACAUGAGCUUUCGUUCUAUGUAACAUUCACUGCCAUACCCUUUUUUGUUCCGAAAAUAUUGUAAUUUAAACAUAAUAUUUUGUAUCUUAUUUUCUACCCUAAUUCCCAGUUUCGGGCAUAAUUGUAUUUUUCCAAAUUAUCGUACGUUGUGGUCAGGAUAUUCACUUAUUUAUUCAUGUACAUUUUUGCACUAAUCCGAAUUCAGAGAAUUCAGUGUUCCAACUGUCUUGUGUUCUCUCACUUGCGUGCUUGCCAACCAAUCAGGUUAUCGAGUAGUUCUCUCUCUACCCCAUCUCGAACUCACGCGUACUAGACUCAAGGUUAAGCCGCUCAGCCUAUCGCGUCAAGGUCAUAAUCUAGACUAGACAGACCAAGGUCAAGUCAUAACCAAGUAUCGACGGGGUAAAAGCGAUUCAAGGUCAUAACAAUAAUGUACGAUUUGUAACUGAUUAAAAGAUUGUCUAUCUACGCGACAGACGAGACGAUUAUUGUAAACCUAUAAUUAUUGGGAAGCUAUUUCAUCUUAUUCACUCUCCAUGGCGUAUACAGAUGUAGGAGCGAGUGGAGAAAGCUUGGGGUUAUAUUAUAGUCAAAGUAGUCCGAGAAAUGCUGCUUAUUUCGGUGAAUUACUCAAAUGUUACUACUGGCUAGUUUUUUUGUGUUGUAUGAGCUUCAUUCUGAGCCUUGUGUAAUUGCUUGAUAUCUAGUAAUUUAAAUGUAGUCAUAAUAUUGUGUACACUGAUCAUAAUAAUAAUUCCAAUUCCC